CGCCGCCCGCCGGCUCCAAGCAGGUCGCCACGGGCUGGCACGCGCUACCCGGUCCCCGAGUAAAUAAGGGAGAGACUCUCCCGAGCACCGUAAAUAGAGUCCAAGUGGGCGGGCAGCCGCCCCGCGCCGCCUGCUCAUGUCUCUGCAGAGCCGAGUGUCCCGCCGCCUGGCACAACUGCGCGCGGCGGGACAGCUGCUGGUCGCCCCGCGCCCCGGGCCCGGCCCCUCGGCUGCCACGCGGACCCGCAGCAGUGUGUGCGGUCCUCCGGCGUCCCUGGGCACGCACGACCCCCGCGCGCGAACCUCGGCGGGAGUUGGGGCUUGGGGGGCGGCGGCGGUGGGGCGGAGAGCCGGGGUGCGCACCUGGGCCCCCCUGGCCAUGGCGGCGAAGGUGGACCUGAGCACCUCCACCGACUGGAAGGAGGCAAAAUCUUUCCUGAAGGGCCUGAGUGACAAGCAGAGGGAGGAGCAUUACUUCUGCAGGGACUUCACCAGGCUGAAGAAGAUCCCCACGUGGAAGGAGACGGCAAAAGGGGUGGCAGUGAAGGUGGAGGAGCCCAAGUUCAAGAAGGACAAGCAGCUCAAUGAGAAGAUCUCCCUGUUCCGUGGCGACAUCACCAAGCUGGAGGUGGAUGCCAUCGUCAACGCGGCCAACAGCUCCCUGCUUGGAGGUGGAGGUGUGGACGGCUGCAUUCACCGGGCCGCCGGGCCCCUGCUCACCGACGAGUGCCGCACCCUGCAGAACUGCGAGACCGGCAAGGCCAAGAUCACCGGCGGCUAUCGACUGCCCGCCAAGUACGUCAUCCACACGGUGGGGCCCAUCGCCCACGGAGAGCCCAGCGCCGGCCAGGCUGCGGAGCUCCGCAGCUGCUACCUGAGUAGCCUCGACCUGCUGCUGGAGCACCGGCUCCGCUCGGUGGCGUUCCCUUGCAUUUCCACCGGCGUAUUUGGUUACCCCAGUGAGGCGGCGGCCGAAGUAGUACUGGCGGCGCUGCGCGAGUGGCUGGAGCAGCACAAAGACAAGGUGGAUCGGCUGAUCAUCUGCGUGUUCCUCGAGAAGGACGAGAGCAUUUACCGGCAGCUGCUGCCCCACUACUUCCCCGUGGCCUGAGGCUCCCUGCAGCCCAGCCUGAGCAGGACGGACCUGUCUGGGCCUGCAGGACCUCACGCCCAGUCUGAGAGGUAGCUGAAGCCUGCGGUCUGGGCCUGGGCAAAGCCACGCUGACGCUCUUCUUGCCCGCAGCUCCACACCCUGCCCAGCCCCACCCACUCUGCCCCUAAGGAGCCUCCUAAUAAAAAUGGCUGUUCCAUC